GCAAGGGCGGACUACCGCGCCCGCCGCCCUCGGGCAGGAAAGGGCAGGUCUGCACCGCUGCCCACGCUCGCUCCCGCGGCGACUCGUGGUCGGGACCGCGCGGGAGCGACAUGCCUGCGUGCCCGGGCCUGUGACCCGCUCGGGGAUGGACAGCGGCUCGGUGGCGGGCGAGCGGCCGAAGCGCACGCCGAGCCGUCAGCGGCUCCUGCCCUUCGGCUACGGGGUCCAGGCGCGCCCCGGCGUCUCCCCGCUGCCGGGCGGACGACGCUGGCUGAGGCUCCGCGGACGGGCCGCCCGCGCGUCCCCGCUGCUGCUCGUCCUGCUCGUGCCCUCCCCGCGCCUGGCCGCCACCGCCCCGCGUAGGACGCUGGCUGAGCGCACGCGCCCGGGACACGCCGUCCCCGCGGUUGCGCUCGGCGCCAGCAGGAACGCGCAGGGCCGUCUGCCGCUGGGCGUCGGGCGUGUGACCGCCCUGGCCAGCAGCCGGAGAGAGCUAAGCCUGUCUGCUGGGUGCCGGCAGCUAGAGCACAGAAAGGGGAACUUACCCUCUUCUGUGAGUCGGAAGCUCUACUUUGACACCCACGCUCUGGUGUGCUUACUUGAAGCAAAUGGGUUCACCACUCAACAAGCAGAAAUCAUUGUGUCUGCAUUGGUCAAGAACACAGAGACCAACAUGGACAUCGUCUACAAUGAUAUGGUCACCAAGGUGCAGCAGGAAAUCACUCUUCAGCAAAUAAUGUCGAAGAUUGCUAACGUGAAAAAAGAUAUGGUCAUCUUGGAGAAGAGUGAGUUUUCAGCCCUCAGAGCAGAAAAUGAGAAAAUAAAACUUGAACUACAUCAGUUAAAACAACUAGUGAUGGAUGAAGUGAACAAAGUCCGGACAGAUACCAAAUUAAACUUCAAUCUAGAAAAGAGCAGAGUAAAAGAACUGUAUUCACUGAAUGAGAAGAAGAUGCUGCAGCUGAGGACAGAAAUGGUGUCCCUGCAUGCCCAGCAAGACAGAGCCCUGACCCAGACAGACAGGAAGAUAGAAACCGAGGUGGCUGGCCUCAAGACUCUGCUGGAGGCACACAAGCUUGACACGAUCAAAUACUUAGCAGGGUCUGUGUUUACGUGCCUAACAGUAGCUCUGGGAUUCUAUCGCCUGUGGAUAUAAGAAAAUGUCUCUUUAAAGAAAUUUCCAUGAUUUUGCCUUAAGAGUACCAGAUUGUUAUCUCACCUACCCCACCCCACCUUUUUUUCUUGUUUCAAGUUUUAAUCCUAAUUUGACUUCAUGCAUAUUACUUAUUUCUGUGCAAACUGUGGAUCUAUAGCCAACGAGAAGAAGUCGGGAUUUCUGUGAUUAUUUUUCAGAUCUCCUCUCUUUAGUUGGCUUUUUGACUGAGCAGUGUGGACCACGCUUUCAAGACUCCAUUCAGCCAAACCAAUGGACUUGGUCUAACCUGCAGUAUAUGAUAAAAACAAAUACUAGUGUCAUCCUCUACAGCUUGAAAUAGUCUGUAAUGUGGAGAACUGGGGAACUCAUGUAAAUCGGAAGAAUCAUUGGAAUUCAACCCAGAAUACCAGCUCUUCUCUGCCUCAUCACCAGGCGCUCCCUUCGCAGCCUCCCUCUGCUGCAGCCGCUGCAGCGUUAGUGAUGCUGGACCACCUUCCGGGCCUUUGUCUUUGCUUUCCAUUAUAACAUCGCCUGGUUGUUGUUAAUGUGCCUUGCAGCUGGAAGUCUGGGACCUAAUGGAGCUUUGUAAUUCUAACUGCUGCCACUCAUGUGUUCUGAUUGUGAGACAAGGUCAUGCUAUUCAGCCCAGGCUAGCCUUGAACUCACAGUCCCUAGUCAAGACCACCAUGCCCAGCCUCUUAACCUUCCAGAAUGCUAGCCUUCCUCCCUCGCCAUCCUCUUACUUCCCCUCAUGAUGUGGGAGUUUAACACCACACUCCAGGCAUUACCUACCUAAAAAACUUAGAAUUCUUGGAACGAAAGCCUGCUUCAGUUUGUGGUUUCGAGUGAACUUCCUUCUGGUUGUCCACCUGUUUUUUAUAAAAUGACACACUGCACUUUCUUCCUGUGGGCUAUCUGGAUAGUGUACAUGGUUUUUAGAUGAGUGCACGUGUGCCUGUGAGCAGCAGCUCAGGUUGUCACUUGCCCAGUGAGGGGGCCGCCAUGCUCGCCAUUGGUCUCACGUGCAUUGAUUUCUUUGUGCCUGAAGACACCCUCACAUCCACCUUUCCUCUGUAUUUAGAAUGAGCAGCAAGGUUAUUCUGGAGAGACACACUCUCCUCCAGGUUAAGCUGUUGGCGGAUGGAUGAGAGUGAGCAUUCAGCAAGCAGUGACACCAAGGAACCCUUCCUGGCUUUCCCCACACAGGCACAAAUGCACAAGCUGGUGCACAAUGCAGAAACCCCAAGAGACUGCACCAUCAGAUUUGUGGAAUAAAACACCCCUUGUCACUGUUCCAACCACAUUGCUAAAAAUAAAAACCACCUUUUGUUCCUUGGAUGUAAUUUCCAAGUUUUAGAAAUCAUUAAGUCCUUGCCUCUUUAGAAAACAUUUGCAUAAAAAGACUCCGAGCCCCACAUAAUAUGGAAAUCAAGUGUUUUUGUACUAGAACAGUAUCAAGGUGAAAUAGAAGUCUAUCCUUUUCAAGUAGACAACAAAAAGGGUCUUAUCCACUUAAUAAAAUACUUUGUUGAUGUAUUCUCCCCCUAUUUCGGAAGAGUCCCCAAAGCCUGCCCAUCCUGCAGUCCCCUUACACACUGCAGGCCUCCAUGAACCGUCCCAGUUAGACCAGUUAACUGCUUCCUGGUAGCACAGCUUCAGAGCAAGGGCUCCAAGCCCAGAUGCUCUUAUCUCUUUCGGAGGAAAAAGCCCGGUAUGCAGUUAUAUUUCACAGAGGGUACGUUUCCUGAUCAAGUAUUCUUUAAGGAACACAUCUGUGUGUCUGCUUAAAGUAUUCCACAGCACUCCUGGGCUUGCCAGGCUGUGUCAUCUUUAAUUUUGCUCUAGAUUUUGUUUCUUUACCGCACAUGACAGUCUUAUUUGGCCUUAGAAAUGGUGCUGUCAUUGAGAGUGUGGGUGCCAUGCGUAUCUGAAGGUUAGGAGAGUUCAGGACUAGGUUCCCCUAUUUCCUAAUAAAGUUAAAAAGCAUUGAGCUAUAAAUAAGCAUCCUCCCUGUCGCCGCCUUGAACAUUCAGUGUGUGGGUGCUGUGACCAGACACUAACUGAACUUUCCUCACUGAGGCUUCGGAGCCCUUAGGAAAUGUCUGGCAGGUUUCCAGGCAGAGACCAUGGGUCAGGCCUGUGGGGACAUUUAACAGUAGCUACAUGGGGUAGAAGAGUCCAGUUCUUAAAGUGUUCCUCUGCCUUCUGCUGGGUACUGUGGUUUCUGUCCCCUCUUUUUUUCCUGUGGUACUUGCUAGGGACCAAACCACAGGCCUUCAAUGUUCUAUCGUCCUGCCUCAGCCUCCCGAGUGCUGAGAUGAUAGGCUUUAGUCAGCAUGUCUGCCACCCUCUGGCAGUUUCACCCCUUUCCUGCAUUUGUAUGCAAAACCCCUUUGGGGCUCUUUACUGGAGACGUGUGCUUUGAUUUCUGUACUGCUUUUCUUGCUUAACAUCUGGCGACAUGAUUUUUCCUUCACAUAUGCCCAGCACCUCAGGUAGAAAGUCACAUUCAUGAAGAAAGACCUGACUCAGAGCAGAAGUCUUGCUGGGAUCUCUCAGAACGCUUUAAGCACCGGGAGCCUGAGCCGCAACAAGCCUGUGCUUGGGCUGGCCUGUCCAAUGUCUUGGCAUCUUCUUCCCUUUGAUUGUCCUUGUCCCCCUCCACCCCAGGCCGGUCUGCCUGCUAAUUAUCCCUGUCACUACUAUGAGCAUUUCCCUUCUCCAACUUUUGUAUGCCAUGUGCCAGAACUGGCAGAGCCAACUCUAGAAAACUUGGGACUUUAAGGUAAUCAAAAUUGUUACAGCUUUUAUGGUCCUAAUGCAAAAAUGUGUUAACCAGAAAUAAUUUAUUCUUUAUGUAUGUAAGAUACUUGGAAAUGUUCAGCCUUAUUGGAAUUGUAUUCAGAAAACAUCUUUUUACAGAUUUGUACUUACAUUCCUUCAAUGACAACCCAGAUCAUGUUGUAAACCUUUUAUUACUUCAGCAAAUAUUCUAUUAUUUUUUAUUAUUGUAUGGAGUGAAUAUAUUUUAUUAUCUAAGAUAAAAGAUUUAUGCUUGUGUGGCUAAUAGAACUUUCUGGUUCAGACUCAAUGUAUGAAACAGAAUAUACCUUCUAUCUGAAACAACUGCAUCUAAACUAAUAAUACUACCCAUUGUAAAAUGAUACCAUUCAAUUGCCUCUAGUGAAUUACAAGUAAAUACAAUACCUAAAAAAAAUUGGAUUUACAGAGAAACUAUAUUUGAAAGUGAAUGUCUGAUUUGCAAAAUAAAUUUUUAUUUGAAAGAA